AUGACAGGCCCGUCCAUUCUUUUAUGUUGUCUUCCCAUCGCUUUCUCUGUCUGCCUCUUCUUUUUCAUGUUCAUAAACUAUUCCAAAGUGUCAGAAAUACCUAACAAGUGUAUGAUCAUACACUAUUCCAAAGUGUCAGAAAUACCUAACAAGUGUAUGAUCAUACACUAUUCCAAAGUGUCAGAAAUACCUAACAAGUGUAUGAUCAUACACUAUUCCAAAGUGUCAGAAAUACCUAACAAGUGUAUGAUCAUACACUAUUCCAAAGUGUCAGAAAUACCUAACAAGUGUAUGAUCAUACACUAUUCCAAAGUGUCAGAAAUACCUAACAAGUGUAUGAUCAUACACUAUUCCAAAGUGUCAGAAAUACCUAACAAGUGUAUGAUCAUACACUAUUCCAAAGUGUCAGAAACACCUAACAAGUGUAUGAUCAUACACUAUUCCAAAGUGUCAGAAAUACCUAACAAGUGUAUGAUCAUACACUAUUCCAAAGUGUCAGAAAUACCUAACAAGUGUAUGAUCAUACACUAUUCCAAAGUGUCAGAAAUACCUAACAAGUGUAUGAUCAUACACUAUUCCAAAGUGUCAGAAAUACCUAACAAGUGUAUGAUCAUACACUAUUCCAAAGUGUCAGAAAUACCUAACAAGUGUAUGAUCAUACACUAUUCCAAAGUGUCAGAAAUACCUAACAAGUGUAUGAUCAUACACUAUUCCAAAGUGUCAGAAAUACCUAACAAGUGUAUGAUCAUACACUAUUCCAAAGUGAACUCUUAAAUGACAAACAAAUGGAUACUGUAAUCAUUCAAAUAGUUUAAGGAGGUAUAUGCACGUUAUUUUCUAAGUUAAACUUCCUACGCUAUUGUGUAAUUAAAAUCCAAACUCAAAUAUUUUUUGACAUGACACACAGAUAUACCAGAGAGACAUUUUAUGAGGUACAUUUGUAAAAGAAGUCUUUAGUAUGGGAUUGAAAUAAGACGUCUUUGUGCCAGUCAAACUCUCCAAUAUUAUUUUAAUAAACAUUUUAAAGAAACUUUA